AUAAGAACUGGUGCAUUGCGCAACUCUCAGUGGAGUUACUUCCCGUUCUCUGAUGUUUACAUUUUAUGGAGAAAUGUUGUGAAGGAAAUUCACAAUGAAUAAGAUUUAAUUAAUGAGACAUUAUCAACAGUGACAGUCAACAAUGGGUGUUUCAACUUCAACCCUUAAGGGCUAUAUAGCCCAUGGACAUUCCUGUCCGGAUGUAGUAAGAUGUUACCCAUCACAAACUCUUACUAAAUUCCCAGGACACAAAGGCAAGAAACAAGGAGAACUGAUUGAGAUCCUGCGGAUUCUACCAAAAUACAGCGUGGAAAAUCCAACCAUUGAUGUCUGGUGGACAUUUUGUCAGUUCUUUCCAAACAAUGACAACAUCAUUAUCUCUACAUCCACACCCUUCCAGAUUCUCCAUGGAAUCCAGUGGAAAAAAGUUUCUUCGUUACCUUGUGGAAAAGUUAUGCAAUACAAUUUAGACAAUGGAAAAUCAGGUGUCAUUCCUCAGGCAAGCUGUAAAGGAUUCCCAAAACUCCAGAUAAAUCCAGACGGUAGAAAACUAACAACUUUGGAUACAUCCUCUAUUCAUGAACAUUUAGUGGUUUACAAUCCAGGUCAUCCCAUAAUUCACAGGGCACGGGACUCACAUUUUACACAGUACAGAGACUACGCUACUUCUGCAAAUGGCCGAUAUCAUGCAGUCGUUGCUAAAGCCUCAAGUAAUGUCUAUACGCUGUCCGUGUAUGGAUCAGAGACGGUACUAGUUCCUGAUGCUGUGAUGAAAAUACCCGACCUGUACCCGGACAUUAAACCACCACCCCUACCUUUCACAGACCGAGCAGAUGUUAAGUGGUCUCCGGAUAGCAGGCUUGUUGCUGUGGGAUUCAGUAAAGGGGAAUUGAUUGUGGUCGACUGGAAAAAAGGUCAAGGAGUAUGUUCUGUGUUUGAAGAAAUACUUUCAGAUUGUGACCUCCAGUCACCUUCGACCUAUGACUUUGACCCUCGGUCUCAACACUGUGUUAUGGCAGUUGCUGCUAAUGAUACAGUACUAUACAUAAUCAACACUGAGAAGAAAAAGAUGCUUUGCAGCUCAAGUGACCUCGGAAGCUGUGUGGAUUGUCUCAAGUACUCAUAUGAUUCCAACUGCAUUGUCUCAGCACUCUUUAAUCUGAAAAUUAAAGUGUUAGAUGCAGACGAUUUAAACCUCCAGCUUGAGAUUGAUUUGACUGUAGUGUGCCCAGACUUUGAGGACAUUUUGCUUAAGUUAGGAUCCAUUGCUCCCAAUACAACUUGCCUCUCUUUGUCCUCCACAGGAGAGCAGGCUGCAAUUGCCUGCUGGGACAGGAAAAUCAGAGUAAUGCAACUACUGAAUGUGCUUAAUUUACAGUCUUUGUGCAAAUUGCUAUUCAGCGCUUUGUGCAUCCAUCAGACAUUGAGAAACUCCCUUUGCCACACUUGUUAAAAGAUUAUCUUUAUUCUUUUCCCUUCAAUCCAUAAUUUAAGUUUUGUACCUUUCUCAACUAAGAAACAUGACAAUAAUUGACACUUUAAACAGGACCCAUCAUUGGUUUUAUCCAUUGAUGUCAGGAGUUACUGUACAUGCAUACUGUAAUAGAAUACCAGUACUCCCCGUUUUUUAAUAUGAUUGAAACAAGCAAAGCACUAUAAAUUUCCAUGCCAGUCUUCAUUACUUUUUUGAAAGUUCACUUGAUAUAUGUAGGAGUUGAUAUUUUAUGUAUUUUUCUGUUGAAUAAAAGAAUACUUCAAAGCAAGAUUUCA